GAAACAAUAUAACAUACUUGCAAUGUGCUCUUAGGGUUACUUGCCUCUUCUCCAUGGACAUCUACGCAAUCCUGAGAUCCGGGGGGGAAGAGUUCGAGAGUGAGGCUGCUGAAAAAGCCUUUACCGACAAGUGCAGUGGCAAGCCCCGGGUUUUGAUUUCUGUGGAGGGAUACAACACUUGUCUGCAUGAGGAUGAUAUCAAGAAGGAAUUGAUUAAUCACUUCAAUUCAUGUUGCGAAGUCGGAACGGUUAUUGUUCGCAAAGACCCUGAUAAUAGCCCUAAUCUCUACAGACGUGCUUAUGUUAUUCUUCUUGGAGAUGGCGCAGAAGAGAAGGCCAUGCAACUUAAUGGAACUGACAUUGGAGGAUGGAAGGCUCUUGUUAAGGUUGAACCGGAUCAGGAAGACGAGGAGUCAUCACGCUAUAGAUCCUCUCUCUUUGACGAAGUAUUGAAUGACCCAAAAUUUUGGUUUGGCGUUUCGGUUAGGGGAUAUGACACGUCCCUUCCUGUAGACAAAGUCGAGAGCGAUUUGAAAGAACAUUUCUCUAAUUGUGGGGAGAUAACUCAUGUCUUUGUCAAUACUCACGAGGAGCAGACUAAUAUCUACUUUGCCCGACAACAAGAAGAAGCUAGGGCGCUGUUUCUUGAUGGAACCGAAGUGGGAGGAUUCGAAUUAGAUGUUCGUCGCGUAGCUUCAGUCCUUAGUAACCGUCCCUUUGGCAACGGUGAAAUUCCUCUGGGCUAUACUAUCCCAGCUCAUAUGUUUGAGUUUGCCAGCAAGAUGAACGAGGAGAUCGACGAGAAGGUCCGUGUUUUCAAGAAGCAGAGGAACAUCAUCUAGAAAUUUCUAUCUCUUUCUCUCAAGAAGGUCUAUCUUUGGUGUUUAAUAAUAAUAAAUCGUGUGAUGAUAUGAUAAUACAAUGCAUCUUCGGGGGGCUUUCUUAGUUAUGUUUAAUCUCAAAGCUCAUUAUGUAUGCGUGAGCCGUUUGUGUGUGUGUCUGGAUC